CAGCCGCACAGCGAAAUGAAUGGGCGCUGGGAACACGUGCGCGGGGGUCGCGGGGCGCAAGGGGCCGCCCCCGGGUGGGACUCCCGAGUAGCCGGGCGUCGGCUGAAGUCGGGGCUCCCCACGCGGGGGUGCAGAGCUGCGCUUUGGGGACAGUAUUUGGGGAUGGAGGCGGGAGAAAGCGGUGAGAAGCUCGGUCCCGGGGAGGACGCGGCAGUGAUCAGAUUGUCCACUCGGAUAGGGACCAAGAUGCCCUGUUUUCAUCUUGCGAAGUGUUUAAUAUCUGCAUUUCCAAAUGUACAUAGUAUAUCACGGUUUCAUCACACCACGCCGCCAGCCUACUGUUACGGUAGAACACAGAGUGGUGAGAAAUACACCGAUCCUUUCAAACUGGGUUGGAGAGACUUGAAAGGUCUAUACGAGGACAUAAGAAAGGAACUGCUCAUAUCUACAACCGAACUUAAGGAAAUGUGUGAGUACUACUUUGAUGGAAAAGGAAAAGCCUUUCGACCAAUUAUUGUGGUGCUAAUGGCCCGAGCAUGUAACAUCCAUCAUAAUAACUCCCGAGAUGUGCAAGCCAGCCAGCGUUCCAUAGCCUUAAUUGCAGAAAUGAUCCACACUGCUAGUCUGGUUCAUGAUGAUGUUAUUGAUGAUGCAAGUUCUCGAAGAGGAAAACACACAGUUAAUAAGAUCUGGGGUGAAAAGAAGGCAGUGCUUGCUGGAGAUUUAAUUCUUUCUGCGGCAUCUAUAGCCCUGGCACGAAUCGGAAAUACAACUGUUAUACCUAUUUUAACCCAAGUUAUCGAAGAUUUGGUGCGUGGUGAAUUUCUUCAGCUAGGGUCAAAAGAAAAUGAAAACGAAAGAUUCACACACUACCUUGAAAAGACCUUCAAGAAGACUGCAAGUCUGAUAGCCAACAGUUGUAAAGCAGUCUCUGUUCUGGGAUGCCCCGACCCAGUGGUGCACGAGAUUGCCUACCAAUAUGGAAAAAAUGUGGGAAUAGCUUUUCAGCUAAUAGAUGACGUGUUGGACUUCACCUCAUGUUCUGACCAGAUGGGUAAACCAACAUCAGCUGAUCUGAAACUCGGGUUAGCCACUGGCCCUGUCUUAUUUGCUUGUCAACAGUUUCCAGAGAUGAAUGCUAUGAUAAUGAGACGAUUCAGUUUGCCAGGAGAUGUGGACCGAGCUCGACAGUAUGUAUUACAGAGUGAUGGUGUGCGACAAACAACCUACCUCGCCCAGCGGUACUGCCAUGAAGCAAUAAAAGAGAUCUGUAAACUCCGACCAUCCCCAGAAAGAGACGCCCUCAUUCAACUUUCAGAAAUCGUACUCACAAGGGAUAAAUGACAACUCUUUCCGUUCUUUCUGGCAGCUAUUUUACCAGACUGUGCCUAAAGAAUUUUGUGGAAUACACUUGCUUUGUGUGCAUAUAACCAAAAAUCAUUUUAAAAAAUGUCAACCUUGAUGGGCAGUUUUUUUUAUUGGCAAUGUUUUUUCAGAAAACUUUUUAAUCGUAAUUAAGCCAUCUGAAUCUGUCAUUCUAGUCCUAUAAAUUCGAAUCAAGGCAUCUUGAUUGUUAUAUGUGAUAUUGUUUACACUGUUAAUAUCCACAUGUAAAGCCUGUACACAAAUAAAUAAUCAAUGUUAAAAUUCAAA